GGUUCCGCUUCUCCGUGCUUCGCAUCCGACGGUGAGAUACAUUCACACAUCCACCAAAAGAAACCAAAAGAAGACGAGUGGAGCAUGUUUCCUCUCACUGGAGUCUUCCCCAGGUUCCGCCACCUCGGCCCAUCCAUAGAUAGAAUCAGCCCAUGGAGCCCAAGAGCCCUCGCCACCGCCGCUACGAGGCCCUUGCAGGGGAGUGCAGAGAGGGAGGCUAGAGAGACUCAUAAGCGUAUCAAGGAUACGGCCUCGGAGGCGAAGAAGACGGCGGAGGAUGUGAGGGAGAAAGUCAAUGCGGCUGCUGAUAAGGUGAUUGAGAAAACCAUUGAAGCCGCUGGCAAAGUGGUUGAUGCAGUCCAAGAUGGAGGAGGGAAAACGAGGCAAACGGUGAAAGAUACGUGGGGAUCGGCCAAAGAAACCGUCCAACAAGUCAAGGACAAGGUGGUCGGCAAAGCAGAAGAUGCCAAGGAGAACAUCAAGGAUGGUGCUGAGACUCUCAAGCGCUCCAUGAACAGCAAAAAUUAAUUAAAUUCACUGAAUAGCUCCUCAGAUAUAUUACAGAGGAUUUUUCUACGAUCACUUUUAUUGGUGCCAAAUAUUUUGGAAAAGUCAUAUGGAGCAAAUUGUUUCCUUUUCCUCUGAAUCAUGUGUGAAUAAACUCCUACGCAUCUACUAAUCUUGCAUUUAUGGAUGUCAUGUCGUUUGUUUAA